AUGGGCUUUAACAAUCACUAUAUCCAAGAAGCUGUCGGUUUCUUUAGGGGGCUAUGGCUGCUAUGGAAUAAUGAGGAUGUUAGCAUUAAGGAGUCUAGGAAGGAAGAGAAGAUUUCCUUUAUCUAUGCGAGUCCUAGGAAUUCUGAAAGGAAAACUCUUUGGGAAAGUCUUCAAAACCUGAGAGUAACUGCAAGUGAUGCAUGGAUUACAAUCAGUGAUUUUAACUCUUAUCUUGGAGAAGAAGAAAAAACAGGUGGUGCUGAACCUAACUGGAAUUCUAUGAGGGAUUUCCAGAACUGUUUGGAUGAGUGUAAUCUAGUGGAUAUUGGUUUCAAAGGGCCUAAAUUCACACGGAAGAGGGGAAGGCUAUAUGAAAGACUGGACAGGGCCUGCAGCAAUGAGAGAUGGAACACUUGUUUUCCUAACAGAGAAAUAAUUAAUAAUGCUGGGAUAGGGCAGCCAUAUGGAGACCAGCUUGCGAGAAAUUCCAAGUCAAGGCUCAGAAGUGGCAUAAUGAUACAAGCAAAGAAUCUAACAGAAGAAAGUACACCCUCCAUGCUAGAAUCAAAGUUUCAACGGUCGAGAUGCAAUUGGCUGAUGUUUGGAGACAAAAAUUUGAAAUAUUUCCACUCCACAAUAGUAGCUAGAAGAAGAAGCAAUCGAAUUGAUUCUCUUAAAGAUGAAAAUGAUGAUUGGAUAGGGGAACCAAACCAGCUGAGUAACAUGAUCUCUAACUACUUUGAGAAGCUGUAUUGCGAAGACAAGGUUAGCAAGCCUAAACUUCCUGUGAAAGGAGCUUUUCCUUCUCUCCGCUCCCAAAGUUUGAGAAUGAUGUGUGCUAUACCUACAUUGGAGGAGAUCAGGAGUGUGGUGUUUCAUUUCGGCCCCUUUAAAGCACCAGGUGUUGAUGGCCUCAAUGCUCUUUUUUUCCAAGCCCAGUGGAACAAGGUUGGUCAAACUGUUUGUAAAGUGGUCAAGGAAGCCUUUAUAAUCCUAGAAGUGUAG